UACGUAUGUAAAAUAUAGUUGAUCAUUAAUUAAAUAUAAAAAAAAAUUAUUCCAAAGUUCAUUUCAAUGAUGGCUGUGAAUAAUUGCAAUCAAAUAUUUAGAGUUCGUAAUAUUAUUAAAAAUGUUUAUAGAAGUAAUUCAUCAAUUUAUGUGCAAGGCCAAGAACCAGAACCUAAGAUUCGGGAAUAUUUUUAUUAUAUCGAUCAUCAGGGAAUGUUAUUUUUAGAUGAUGCUCGCAUGAAAAAUUUUACAUCAUGUUUCAAGGAAAAGAAAUUCUUGAGGUUCUUUUUUAACCAGCUGAGAUUGAAUAAGACCAAACGUUAUGAGGAGUUUCCAUUCAUUUCAAUCUGUGGCAAGGAAAGAAACUUUGUAAGAUGUGAUGACUUGCCAUUUGUGUUUUCUCAUGUUUUUGAACAAAACACUGAGAAUUACUUAGCAUAUAAUAAUGCAGACAAUAUUCUCAACAUAAAAUUUGAGCCUGAAAAGAUCUUUAUGUUACCUGAAACUGGAAGGGUGUACCAUCCGGCACCUGAGAGAGCAGGAUCUGUUGGUUUAGUUAAAUCAAAGUUAGCUAUAGAAUUUAGUAAAUACUUUACAUUUGAUAAUGGGGAAAACAAUCCUCCAACUCACUUCACAUUCAAAGAUGUAAAUUAUAAGCUGAAGAAUGAUUGGUUUUUAAAUUUAAAGAAAUAGGAUAUAAUUGGUUAUGAAUAGUACAUAUGUAUAAAUA